UUUCCCUUCUGACGUCACGCUCCUUGACACGCCCUUCGCGGAAGUGUGGCUCUCCGCCGGCCCGCGCAUGCGCAGUGCCUUUCUCCCCUCAGCUCGCCUCGGAAGAUGGUGCUCGUCAAGGAAUUUCGCGUGGUGCUGCCUUGCUCCGUCCAAGAGUACCAGGUGGGCCAGCUGUACUCGGUGGCGGAGGCCAGCAAGAACGAGACGGGCGGCGGGGAGGGCAUCCAGGUCUUGACGAACGAGCCCUACGAGAACGACGGGGAGAAAGGGCAGUUCACACACAAGAUCUACCACCUCAAGAGCAAAGUCCCUGGCUUUGUCCGGAUGUUUGCUCCGGAAGGUUCUCUGGUUUUCCAUGAAAAGGCCUGGAACGCCUAUCCCUAUUGCCGGACCAUUGUAACAAACGAAUACAUGAAGGAGGAUUUCUUCAUCAAGAUCGAAACGUGGCACAAACCCGAUUUGGGCACCUCGGAAAACGUCCAUGACCUGGACCCGAACGCCUGGAAAGGGGUUGAGGUCAUCCACAUCGACAUCGCUGACCGGGGUCAAGUCGAGCCUGGGGACUACAAAGCAGAGGAAGACCCGGCUUUAUUCCAAUCGGUCAAGACACAGAGGGGACCCCUGGGACCUGACUGGAAGAAAGAGCUGGCGGCCAAUGAGGAGUGUCCCAAAAUGUGCGCAUACAAGUUGGUGACCAUUAAAUUCAGAUGGUGGGGAUUGCAGAACAAGAUAGAAAAUUUCAUCCAGAAGCAAGAGAAGCGGAUAUUCACCAAUUUCCACCGACAGCUCUUCUGCUGGAUUGACAGGUGGAUUGAUUUGACAAUGGAAGACAUUCGGAGGAUGGAGGACGAGACACAAAGAGAGCUCGAGGCGCUGCGGAAUCAGGGGGAAGUGCGGGGGACGAGCGCUGCCAACGACGAGUGACUUCCUGUUUCCUGUCGAGGGAGGGACUUCCUGUUUCAAAAGAAGGCGGGGCUAGGGAAGCUCCGCCCCUUUUCCCAUCACAAAGAAAGGAAAAAAAAAGACUCUUUUGAAAAA